AUGCAUACCGAUGACAAGCAGGCACAGCGGUAUCCGAGAACGAGUGAUGCUGCGCGGGUUCAUUCCACCUUAAGAGUUGGACAAAACACAUCCGAUAAGGUUCCGUAUGGCCGUUUGAGCAGUCAAAGCGGGCCCGGCACCCCACGCGGUGAUUUGUUUCCGCCUUCCAAUGGACUUUCAAAGGUAGAAGGGGAAGAGACACCAGCAGCAGGUGCAUGGCAAUACCCAUCCGAACCCAUGGCAACACCCAACACGCGAUCGGUCCAGUUGAAUGGUGCACUACCGGUUAAAAAUGAAGAGGGAGAGACGAAAUGUAGUGGUGAUGCCAUACGGGAGGAGGGAACAAAAGAUGGAGGUGAUGGAGUUAUUAUUGGAAUAGAUGCUGCUGUGGAGGCAGGAGUGUUAGUUGCAAACGAAGAGAGUGGCAAGGAGGAUGAGAAUAGGGAGAGUAAUGUCAACAGUACGCCUUGUGCCAGUGGCACCAAUGAAACCAUUGCUACUGCCACACCUACCCUUAGUAACGCUACCGCAGCUUCUGUUGUAUUAACACCUGCAGUGCCUGCUUCCACUGGAUUGCGUGCAUCCAGGCGUUUGUUGGAUUUCACGGGCUCCACAAACGUUAGUAAUGGCCCUCGUGCCGCUAGUAGACUUUUCGACGUCAAACCAGUGGGAGGCGGGGCUCAGGCGGCAUCACAAGGGGUUGGAUUUCUUCGUCUCUCCAAAACGGUUCCAUCAGCAGCAUCGCAAGCGGUGAGUGCUCGAAUGAGGACUUCUCGAAAAAAUGGACCGACUCUUAGCGCCACUAGCAGGGGUCACAGCAGUACCGCUCAUGAGAAUCUCCCCUGCCGUAACGAUUACACGUCGUUAAGGUUAAAGGAGCAACGGAGACGGGAAUUGUACGCAUGGAAUGAAGAGUUACGGCGGCAGGAUAAAAGUGACAUGUCCGCUGAUGCCGUGUGA